GCCUCUAGGGAUCUUUUCGGCGUUCACGAGGACUUCAGCUGCACUUUGGCCCUGCCUUCCCCUUUCCCAGGAUUGUCAAUGGCAGGAUACCAGCUCUGGUCACCAUGGACCCCACUGGAUGAGAGCUUCCAAUGGCUUCGGCACACGACACCUACCCCUUGCUCCAAACACCCUUUUAGGGCCUCUCCUUGCUUCCCACACACCCCUUCUGACCUUGAAGUGCAGUUGUGCUUUCAAGAAGUCACUCUCGUCCUAGAUAGCCCACUUGUAGCACCUGGAGAGAGCCCCAAGUUACCCUGUCACACAUCAGAACUCCGAGCAGUGAAUAACAAGAAAGGGCUGGUGAGGAAGCCCCAGCCAGUGCGCCUCAAUGGAGUAGAUUCUGUUUUCGGUAGGGUCAUCACAGCCCAGCCACCCAAGUGGACUGGAACCUUCAGAGUCUCAGACAAGUCAGCCUUCUGCAAAAUUAUCAGCAGGGAACACCAGUGGCCCACUGGACUCAAGGAGCCUCAGAUUCAGAUGACAGUGACUAUGUGCAAGCAGAUGUUACGCUCUAUCCUUCUGCUGUAUGCGACAUACAAGAAGUGCACUUUUGCCUUGCAGCACUCCAAGUAAAGGGUCCCCCAUCGGACCCCUGUGCUCCACACCAUGCUCUCUGAAACAGAACCAACCAAUGAUUCUGAGGAAGGAAGAAUGUUUCCACUGUAAAGCUAAAUGGCCAUUUAAAAGUCAGCCUAACCCUGACAUACACAUGUGAUAGUGAUUAAACUAUCAUCCAGCAAGCCUGCCUAGUGUGAACACACUCAAAUGCCAAUGCCGGUGAGGAGCUGGCAAAGAAAAGGGAUUCGAAGAAAAGACUUGUGGAUGGAUAUCUGGGUACAAGAGGAUGAAGGGGUCAGAAAUCUGCAUGUGGGUUAAGAACUAAUAUAAAAACAGCUUUUCCUCCUCAAACAGAUGUCAACAACAAAACUUAACUUUAAUGCCAGUAUGGGUAACAAUAUAA